AUGACAGUUGCGGGACUUGGCUGGGGUGACUGGCGAGGUGGUCUGGUGUAUGCAGGCAUCAUACGUGUCCUGGUUGUGCAGCAAGCCACCUUCUGUGUCAACUCACUUGCACAUUGGCUUGGUGACCAGCCUUUUGACGAUCUCCAUUCGCCGCGCGACCACUUCCUCACUGCCUUGGUAACUCUGGGUGAGGGUUACCACAACUUCCACCAUGAAUUCCCCUCUGACUACCGCAACGCCAUCUCUUGGUUCCAGUACGACCCAACCAAAUGGUGCAUUGCGCUAUGGAGGGUCGGCGGUCUUGCAUACGACUUGAAGAAGUUCCCCAGUAAUGAGAUCGAGAAGGGUCGCUUCCAGCAACAGCAAAAGAAGCUAGACAAGAGGCGGGCGACGCUUGACUGGGGAACCCCUAUCAAACAGCUGCCUGUCAUCACUUGGGACGAUUUCAUGGCGACGGCUAAAGAGGGGAAUCUCGUGGUUAUAGCAGGCAUUGUUCACGAUGUGUCCUCCUUUAUAUCUGAGCAUCCAGGAGGCAAGGCACUGAUUAAAUCUGCCAUUGGCAAAGACGCUACAGCCCUGUUUAACGGUGGGGUAUAUGAUCAUUCCAAUGCAGCACACAACUUGCUGUCCACCUUCCGUGUAAGUGUUAUACGGGGAGGUUGUGAGGUCGAGAUAUGGAAGCGUGAGGCGGACCAUGCGGACAAGAAGGGCGAAAUAGGCUUGUCACAAAUCACAAGACGCCGCAUUGGCAACAGGGAGAUAGAUACAUAG